AUGGCCCAAAUCAGAGCCAUUGGUCUCGAAAUGACGCCUGAUAUUGUACGUGUAACAGAAUCUUGGUUCCAUUUCCUAAUUCCUGACCCUGCCCUUCUCGUAAAUGACUUUGAUUUUUGCCGUCAAGACCGCACAUCUAGGCGUGGGGCGGUUGUCUUCCUUAUCUUAGAUCCCACCUAAAACACUCCCUAUAACCUGGGUGUCUCUUCAUACAUGGGAAUCUUCUGCUUUGCAUCUGUUAUUCACUCGCCGCAAAGAAAGGCAAUUAUUGGCUGUAUCUAUAAUCCCCAAGACUUUUCUGCCAGUGAUGAUUCGCAACUCUGUGAAAUCUUUGAAUUAAGUUCGGAAGCUGCUUUCCAUGUUAAAAUAAUGUCUGGGGAUUUUAACCUUCCUGAAAUUGACUGGACUUCAAAUAUCUGUCCACGUAAAUUCCAGCCCUUCCAAUUGUUAAUUUUUCUAACUGGUCUCAACUGGUGCACUCUCCAACACGAGAUAACCACAAUUUAGAUCUAAUAUUUACCAAUGACACUACCUCUCUUUGUGUUGCAUUCAAAAAGGACCUUCUUGGUUGUGACCACGUAUUAAUUCAUUGUUGCUAACCGCUUGCCUUUUCAAAAAAGACUGGCACUGUUCGAACUUACCUAAACUACGGUUGCGUACAUAACGACUUAAUCAAUAACAAUAUUAGAUAUUUGGAUUGGUGUGGCUUCCUCUCCUGUAUCGAUGUAAACAUUCUUGGUGAUGUCAUGUCGAAUGUUUCCAAGGACAUAUUAGAGUUGGUGCCUCGAAUAUAUCUCAAGUCUAAUUUUGCGGAUUCCCUUGUUCCUGAUAUUCUUCGCGACAUUCUACCAAAGAUGAAAUGGAAACUACGUGACGUAUCCACGAGUUCUUAAUCCGUUCAUCUAAUAGUCGCAGAAAUUCUCAAAGUGGCCUCAAGGAUGCGCCACGAGCGCCACGGGCAAACAGAAUCACUUGCCCUCAGUGAUUCGAACCCUGGCAAACCUAUCGCUUACAUCUUCCGUCGUCGGUCGCCCUCUAAGCGUGGUCAUGAACUUCCACCCAAGCUCAAUGAUAACAAAGUCUUCCUCACUGAUGACACUGACAAGGCGGGGUUGUUUAGUGCUUUCUUUGCAAAACACCUUAAUACUGAGUCCGAACCAGUUUCUUUCUUUCGUUCACUUUCAGAUAGGACGCUUAGUACAAUCGAUGUCUCCACAGAUCUUAUUUAGAAACACAUAAGUCGUUUGAAAUGCUCACACCGCUCAGGAACGGACGAGAUUCCAAAUUCGAUUACUAAACAAGCAUCCGAGCUUCCCAUAUUGCUAAGUCAUUUAUUCUCUGUUUUUAUUUCAAAAGGAUUCUUUCCUGAAACAUGGAAAACGUCAAUUAUCAUUCCCGUCUUCAAGUCAGGAUUUCGGUCCCAUGUUAAUAACUAUCGGGGCGUGUACAAAACGCCGCCUCUACCAAAGCUUCUUGAAAGGAUUAUUUUCAAUGAAAUUCUUGACUUCCGUCUAGCUAAUCGGCUUCUGAGCUCUAGUCAGCAUGGAUUUUUACCUGAACCAUCCUGCGAAACAUGUCGCUUGGCUUUUCUUAAUCUAAUUACUUCUCUUCGUAAUGAGCGGCAGUCAGUGGUGGUAAUCUACUUUGAUCUUAGCGAAGCCUCCGAAAAGUUGCCCCAUAGAGGUCUUUUGGUAAAAUGGGGAGCUCUCUGCAUCCAGUCGCCUCUACUCGACUAAAUAGAGUCUUGCCUAUCAAACUGCUAUCAGAAAGUAAUGGUUGGUAAUAGCUAGUCGACAUCUCACUCGAUCACGAGUGGCGUACAUCAAGGCACGGUUCUGGGUCCGCCACUCUUUUUUUCUUUACGUAAAUGAUAUUAUGAGUGAACUCGGAAAUUCGCAAACUUUUGUUUAUGCCGAUGAUCUCAAGUGUGUUUACUCAUAUUCUAAGGACACCGUAAUCGUUUGUGUUGAAAAAAUUAAUGCCGAUUUACUACGCUUAAGCAGGUGGGGUUCAACAUGGCAGAUGAACUUUUCAUCAUCCAAGUGUAGUUUCAUGUCUUUUGGUACUGUCAAACUUCCUGUUCCCACAAUUUUUCAGAAUAGCCCACUCUCAGAAUGCUUCACCGCUAAGGACCUAGUCUUACUUACCUAGACCUACUUAUACAAAUAAACUUGCUUUAUCAUCUCAUGCGGACGGAAUCUCUGCUAAAGCCACGCAGAUAUGUGGGUCCAUAUCGGAUAAUUUUUUCCUUCCAGUCCUCGAAUACCGCUGCCCUUUCUUUGGCUUAAUGAGCGCCUGUGACUGUAAUAAAAUCAAAAUUUUUCAGAGGGUUUUCGUCCACAUGUUGUUUUCUCAAGUGGCAUCCGGUACUUCUUGUACCCAGAGAUGUGAGGUGGCGAAGAUUACGUUUUUGUGGGUGAGUAGACUCGAAGCUGGCCUUUGCUACAUUUGUCGCAUUGACUUUAUCUUCAGUCUUCCGCCCAUUGAUACUCUCACUCCGAAAAGUUGCUGUUAUGCCAUGCUCAACUCCUCCAUUGUGAUUUCACCGCCUCUUUGCACUACAUCUAAGCGCUCCCUCUUCUUUGAUUCCAAAUAUGCUUUCCUUUGGAAUAAUCUUACGCCAAAAACUAGGUCAUCACCUAAGUUACUGGUAUUUAAGUUGAAGUUGCGCAAAUACCUUACACCUGAAAGCAUGAAGGCCCUCUUAGCGGUCUCAUUCCCGAACACUGAUCUUUUUGACUUCGAGAAGGGUCCUCUUGGGAUUUAGUGGUAGAUCAAGUGGAAGCUCACUUAUAUUUUUACAACCCUCUGCUUUGAGUUGGAUACUCAAUUCAGUGCUACCACUCCCAACCCAUAGCGAAGAUUUUCGCGGUUAAUGAUGUCGCCUCCUCAUUUUAACCUCAAACGGUCUGUCGACAUUCAUGGUGGAACCCUCUGUAUUCGCCGUAUACUAGUAGUUUGGUCGUACCCUCCUUCUUCACUCCUCGGCUGAGCUGGAAGUGUACUGUGGCCGAUCGCGUCUGGGUUCCUCUCGUCUGACCACUUUGACGCGAACAAUCUUAUCCGGUGUAUGAAUUCUGCCCUGAGGAUGUCCGUCCUGAAUCCCGUAUAUAAUACCACAUACAGGCCAGUCAUGUCUGACCCGCAUGAUUGCCCUCAAGGUUGACAUUAAUUUCUGCCUGACGAUGUCCGAUUAUAAUCCGUUAUAUACCGCCACAUGCAGGCCAGUUCUGCCCGAAUUUUUGUGUUAUUAUGAGCGAGGGUUUUUUUCUCCUGUAAAAUUAAUCCCAUCAUUUUCAAAUUCUUAGGUGGAGUCUUUUCACUGCUCGCUCAUCAUUUUUCUUAACGGACUAAAGUUCAGAAACUAUUAAUUGCAAUUUGUACAGAUUCUGCUUACCUCGUCUAAGAUUCCUAUGAAAAUUUAUUUUUAAUUGCUUUGAUGGGACCCCAACGGGUCCUUAAUAAAAAAUUAUUAGUUCUGUAUCGGAAUCCUGUCCUGCCAUCUACUCUUCAAUUUAAAUGAGUUGGGUUUAUUUUGCUGAUAAAUGCGUCACAAUAUUUAGAGUUGCAAUAUGCUCAUAUAUUGACUGGCGUGUCAAUGGCUACUAAAUCUGGAUAAAACUCACAGUUUCAACAGUUAACCUUCCAGGUUGUGCAUAUAAAGAGCACUUUUAGUCAGAUUUAUUUGCGGUUUCUUCUGACAGUAGAAUUUAUUGAGUUUCAGUUCGUCCUUGAAAUGUCGCUGAAUACUUCACGAUUUUCAGUUUUUCAAUCGAUCCUUUACGAAAAUAAAUGUUCUAACGUACAAUCGUCAAAACCUUACAAAUAAGGUAAUGCUUGGAAGGAUUUACCGAAAUGACGAUUGCUUGGGCAAUCUUCUUCACGUAGAUGGAUGUUGGAGUCCCAUUUUAUAAUAAUUUUUAUUUAAGACCCGCGGGGUCCGUCCAUAACAAGAAAGAAGCACUUUUACAUAAAUUUUAGAACAGGUGUACAGAAUCUAUACAACACUUAAUUAAUAGUUAUUGAAUAUGUAGUAUGUUGCGAAGAAUGAUGAGCUUGCGGUGAAAAAAAACUCCUAAUUUAUAAACAAAUGAGUAUGACUGGAUUAACACUAUAGAAGAAAAUAAAUGUCGCUCGCGGAUGUAUAAAACGCUGUCCGGAGCGGCCUGCAUGUGACAGCGUAUUACGGAUUUAAUGAAGGGAUAAGUAGGCGGAUCAGGCAGGACUGGCCUGUAUGUGGUAUUGAGCAAAAGGUUUAGAACGGACAUCAGCAAGGCAGAGUUCAUAUGCCGGCUGAUGUCAUUCCUGUCCAAGUAGCGAAUAGAAAACCAGUCUUGAGGCGAUAUGAACGUAGAUGCGAUCGGUUACAUUCAGCCGAGUCCAGCCGUGGAGCGGGCAAAAGAGAUGCGACCAGACUACUAGUAUAUGGCGAAUAAAUCAGGUUCCGCCAGGAGCGUCGACGAAGCGAAUUCAGUGAGGGCACGACGCAUGAGCAUACAACGAGCAAGGCAUUUGAAAACACCCUAACACGAAACUUCAUUAAUACUAUUUUUGUUGAUGGAUGCUCACGCUAGGUUACAUUUUGCCCGGUUAUGGCAACUAAUAUGAACACUGUUGGACCUUUUUAUCAAUUUCCUGAGACAUAUUAAUAGUUUUUCUAUUUCUAAGGGAAGAGCUUGCUUUCCUCCUUAUAAUGUAUCCUUUCCGCUACCUUUGUUUAUCUGCCGGUUUCGUUCUACGAUUAUGUAUGCAUAGAAUUUCGGCCAUAUUCAUACUGCAGUAGUGCGUAAUUCUUAAUUUCUGUUUCUAAAUUACGUGUAAAUAGCAGCCACGCCACAUAAAGUUGUCUUUCCGUAUGUUAAAAAUUUAGAAUGACCAUUCGCUAAUGAUCAUGUUAACGGUCACUCAAGACAAAAUCGUGUAACGUCUUUGAGGGAGGGUCAGUAGGGGGCAGAAAUUUGUUAUCUGUUAGGAACAGUUUCGUCUUUUUCACAGCCUAAGUGUCAAGUUGAGUUCCUGAACUCGGGGCAUCAAGCAUUCUUCGCAUACAGUCUCAAUCGCACCACAACUGAACGUUAAUUGUGAAUGACACAAGCAGAUUCAGAUGAGGAUGUCUAUUAUCAGAGAGUAUAUAAACAUAUACAAACGUCGAUAGCAAAUGAGUAAUGAGUUGACGUCAUGAACUAAGGUAAAAAGUUAUUGAUGGACGAAUAUAUACAUACAUAAGAUUACAGGGUUAACCCAAAAAAACACGGGAGGUGGAAAACAAACUGAAACAACGAUAAACGAGAGAACGAACAUAAUGUAACGGUAGAUAGGGCUAAUCAGGCAUGCAGGCCAGCGCUUUGAUCGGGUUCAUGAGUCGAUCUUGGUCUGGAAUUUUUUACGAGAUGAGUAGUCACUUAUUUAUUAAAACACAGUCGGAACCUCAUGUUCUACUUGGGCUAUUAUAUAGCCUCCAUCUAGGUUGGAGCACUGUCCUCAGUGCUGCUAUGGUCGACGGGUUAGGGGAUAGUGACCUUAACGGUUGAGGGAACAAUGACCUCGAUGUCUACGGGGAGAACUUGGCCGUUUCAAAGGAUAAGUAGGGAGUCUGGUGCGCAAAAAGGUAACCGACUGCGGUAGGGUUUGAUUUUGUUAAAGUUUGCCGCAAAUGCGGGAGAGUGGGGUUGUACGGCAUCGCGAAGGAGGUAGUUUGAAGGUGGCAGAACAUCGGAAACGACGCAGGAACUUGUCAGGAAAAGUGGAGUUUCGCUGGAAGUCCGCGUGGUGGUAUGGGGUUGUUGUGCAUAAGUACAUGAAGAAAUUAAUGUGUAGUUCCGAUCGAGUGGCGGUCAUAUUGUGUUUUUUGAUAUGAAGAAUCUGUACCAAAUGCCUCACGUGUUCAGUUGUAUGCGCUACGUAUCACCUGGAGAAGUUGGCAGACAUAGGCAGUUAUGGUUGUGAGGUCCGGUGUAUAUAGGGGGUACUGAAGAUCUUCUAUGAGGCGUGGCUCGUGACCUGUCCAGAGGUAGUGGGGUGUGAGUCCACUGGACAAGUGGACUGAGCCACUAUGGGCCAAGAGGCAAAAUGGGAGUUGGACUGCCCAAUCAUGCGUAUGGCUGUCUUAAGUAAAUACAAGUAGGAGAUUAUGAAUGCUGUGAUUAGUGCGUUCAACAAGGCCAUUACCCUCAGGGCGGUAUGGUGUCGUGCAUGCUUUGUGGAUGUCUAGUAAACCGCACACUUUGCGAAAGGGCUUGGAGUCGAAUUUACUAUCGCAGUCGGAAUGAAAUGUUUUGUUUGUCUAGAGGAGUAAAUUUGCGUCCGACCUUAAACCAGUGCUCCGCAAAUGACGUUUGUCUGAAAUUCGGAGAAAUCUUAGAAUCUGAGACGAAAAUAUGGCGCGCACGGAAAAUGUGGAAUGUUAAGUACAUAUUGUACCUCAAUUUCCUGCAGGAAAUGGGAAACAGAUAAAGCUUUAUAGGUUCUCUUGAUAAUGACAAGGUCUAGAACUGUCCACUAGUUUCGUUGUCUUUAAUUACGCCUGCUCAAAUUGGUCAAUCUACCUUUACUCAAGUCAUCGAUCACAGCAUUGGAUACCUAACAUACGGUUUUACGGACGCAGCAAGCAUCCUCGCAUAGAUUUCAAGAGGGAAGACAACCAGAGUAUGUCAGAUUCAGCGGACGGCGAUCGUUGUGUUUUUGACGUUCAGGUUUACAUUGCUUAAGUGAAAUCAAGAUCGAAAUGAUAUAAGAAACUGGAAUUUUUUGCAUAUCCAAGUCUUUAAGUGGGAUAGGGUUAAUAGAGAAUUGUCGUUUAGGAAACAUAUUCGGUCAGCUUCCAAACACAAUACUGCACAUUCGGAUGCCAUAAAUGUCAGAAGCCACUUGGUGGACACGAUGGUCAGUUAAUCAGUGUUUUUUUAGUUUUCGCGAGUUGGCGCCAAAGUUGAUUUUUUCCAGGUUCUUCUGUUGUCUGUAAAUCUGGCUGCAUCACAGUCAAUAACUUCAGAAAAACCUGUCGUAUGCGUGUGAAAGUGAAGGGGGCAUAGUACUGAAUCCUGUGGUACAGCACAUUUAUUUGCACCCACGCUGAAGCCGUGAUGUCAAUGACCUCCCUUUACAGUCUCAAUGACAGGAGUUUUUAUCUACAUAAAAAGGUUGAAUUGGAUUCCGCGAAAUCAAAUCUUUUACAAGAGCCGCAGAUGAGGCACUGGAAUUAUUAUGGAUCUGGGUGUAUCAUACUUCCUUUGAUGUCACGUCCCUUUUUACUUCUAUCCCACAGGACCUGGCAGUCGAGACAAUCGAACUACUCCUACGAGAGAAGUACGACGAAACGGAAAAUCGCCUCGGACACGCCCAAAUCAUCCAGCUCCUGAAGUUCUGUCUCAAGACGUACUUUACAUUCGACGGAAGAAUCUACGAGCAGGUGAAGGGAAUGCCAAUGGGUUCGCAGAUUUCGGGACUCAUAGCCGAGGCGGUCCUUCAACGGCUGGAGUCGCUGGUUUUCCGACACCACAGACCGAAAUUCUGGGCUCGGUAUGUGGAUGACACCUUCGUCGUCAUCGAACGGGAUCAGGUGCUGACUUUCAAAGAACAACUCAACGCCGUCUUCCCGGACAUUCAGUUUACGAUGGAGGAGGAGAAAAACAAUCAGCUAGCCUUCCUGGAUGUCCUCGUCUGCCACAAAGAUUGUGGUGGCUUAAAAACCAAAGUGUUCAGGAAAGCGACAAAUACGACGCAAAUACUGAACUUCAAUAGCAACCACCCGAUCAGUCACAAACGCAGUUGCGUAAGGGCGCUAUACUGGCGCGUUGAGACGCACUGCAGUGAAAUGGAAGACAAGGUUGCUGAAUUACAAUAUCUUCGACGGGUUAUGAGAGCCAAUGGCUACCAGCGCAACUUUGUCAACCAGUGCAUACGAAAAGGACACCAGAGACCAAAUCCAACUAGCCCUAAAUUUUGGCGUGCUCUUCCGUACGUGAAGAACGUCUCGGAAGCCGUCAGUCGUCUUCUCACUCCACUUGGAGUUGGGGUUGCACACAGGCCGGAAGCAACCAUUAGGCGCCAAGUAAUGAGGCCAAAAGACCCGCUGCCACGGCAGGAAACGUCCAGAGUCGUUUACCGGAUCUGGUGUAGUUGCGGACAAAGCAAUUAUGUCGGAGAAACUGGGAGAUUACUCCGUACGCGACUUGCCGAGCACGCAGCAGCAGUGAGGCGGGGAGACGCUAACUCUCAGGUGGCGGCGCACUCGACGGGACCCGGCCAUAUUUUCAAAUUUCAAGAGGCCAAAAUCCUCGCAAGGGGUGACAACCGCGUGAGCCGCGAGCUGCUCGAGUCAUGGUUUUCAGGCCCGCAAUCCAUCAACAAACACAAUGACCUCCCGGUGGCCUAUUCCGUAUUGCGAUUUUCCCUGGGCAGGAGAAUCAGUCACGUGGGGAGGGCGCGGGUGAGCAAUUAUCACGGUGACAGUGAGCCAGUUUGCCGAGUCAUCGUCACAUCAGCAUCGAGCACGGAUGACGAAAUCGCGGCAAUUAACAACUCGGACUCGGACCGCCAAGCCACCGCCGCAUCAAUUACGACCCCAGCGGCGAUUGUGAGAACUGUUAAUUGCAUUGCGCAUACGGUCCCACGGCAGCCACGUGCUAUAAAUACUGCACUCCUGGUGCCACCUUCACCUCUAUCUGCGAAUGUCUCUGAUGAUGGGUUCGAGUGA